AUGUCAAUUCCCUUGGCCGUUAGUAAAUCCGUCUGUAGCAAACUUAAAAGUUCAGCCAAUUUCGGCUCGGAGCAGCAUCUUAUCCUGGAGCAGACCUCCGAGAUUCGGAGACCAGGGCAUUCUGGGCAUGUGCAUACCUGCCAUCUAUUUGGUCCAGCGACGUCAGCAGGGUUCGACCGAAUACCAACCUUUCUUGAUCAUAUCUGA